GCAAAACAACAACAACCCCAUGUGAUGCGUGAUAUCUGUAUCUGUCUCUGUCUCUGUAAGACCAGUCAUACUACUUAUUAAGGCUAUAGUUGUCUCUUGAAAACUUGUCUUUCUGUCGCCGGAAGACAUUAUGAUAAUUAUGAGUUUGUUCAGCAGAUGUCAUUGAGGGAGAGUGGUUUGUUAGCGUGUUAGCUUGUGAGCUUAGUAGCUUGGUGGUGGCUGCUGCCAAGCUAGGAGUAGGAAAGAAGGUCUGGGUAUUCCCCCAGUUCAUUACUUUCGAUUUAGAAAACUACCCAUCUUCCCAACUCUGUAAUGGCAGAACAAAAUAUUCAAUCCAAGUUAAUAACUCAGUUAAAAAAUGAUCAAAUUCAACUAUGGAACCCCCCUUACACAACUGAUAAUGGGGUCGGACAAGAGCAAAUGCAUGAGCUUGCUGAAAAAUACGCAGCUCUGGUCCGUGUUCCUUUGCUAGAUGUGGAAGUAGCUCUGGAAACCAUAAGAUCACAGGCUGUUCACAAGGGAUCUGGAAACAAGUUGUUCAGAGAGAAAUGUGUGGCCACAUUGGAAAUAGUCCUCCCUAGAGAUCUGAGGAAGGAUAAAAAGAAGAAUUACCUGGAAACCAGGCUGGAUGUCCCUGCUCAAGACAUAAUAAACAGAAUAAAAGAAGACUUUGGUUUGAAGUACUUCAAACUUAUUUUGUCUGGAAGGACCAUUGAUCCAAAGAAGCGGCUGGACGAGCAGAAUGUGACGACCAAUAGUAAGAUGAUGGUGUUGAAGGUCAGUGAGCCUGAAGGCAUACGAGCCAUGAGUGAGGAGGAGGAGAAGAAGAAAUCGCAGGAUGAGAGCAUGCAACGCGCUCAGAAAGGCUUCCAGAUCCUGUCCGAGAGAGAUGGCAGUGAGGACCCAAUGACCACUCCAUUUUUGGAGAUUGCUGAUCAGAAGGGAAACCCUCUUACAAUUCCUCCUAGUGAGAAAAAGGCUCUGAUCCUGGCCAUGGGGCUCCAUGAGAAGGGCCGAGCGUUGAUGAAGCGCAGGCAGCACGAGGCCGCCCUCAGCUACCUGAUACAGGCCGACACCGAGUUCAGGAAGUGUGGCUCCACACUGCUGAACACGGUGGAUAACUACGCGGUGCUGCAGCUGGACGUGGUGUGGUGCUACCAGGCGCUGGACGCCCUCGACUGCCUGAAGGACAGCAAGGAGCGGCUGCAGCGCGCCGAGGACUGCUUCCGCAAGUGCUACGGUGAGCAGCAGCAGAGACUGCUGCAGAUCAAGGGGAGCUCAGGAGGCGAGGAGGUCCUGUUCCUGAGGCUAUAUCUUCUGCAGACUCUGCUGGCUUAUUAUGAAGGCAAAGACAACCUGGCCCGAGAGAGACUGAACGAGGUGGAAGAUUUGUAUAAGCGACUGCGUCUAGACACAGAUAAGCUGGAAAUGCUGAUAGCUAUGGGCUUCAGUGACCAGGAGGCUCGUCUUGGCCUGAGGGCUUGCCACGGUGACGUGAGCAGAGCAGCCGACCACAUCAGUCAGAGGAGAAAGGAUAAGGAAGAGAUGAGAAAGAGGGAGCGAGGCAAGAGGAGGCGGCGGCAGGAGGGCAUCAACAACUUGGUGGAGCUGGGCUUUGCCAAGAGAGACGCAGCGCGGGCCCUGCACCAGGCCAAUGGGGAUGUGGACAAAGCUUAUGGAAUCCUCCUUGAUGCAUCCCAAGCCAUGGAUACGGCCAGCAGUUCUAGCACAAGCCCCUCUGAGCCUGACAAGCAGUCCAAAGUGGAUCAGCUGGCAUUCCUGGGCUUUGAUCGGGAGGCGGUGGAGGCGGCGCUGCGGCUGACGGACUGGGAGGUGACUCAGGCCACCCAGCUGCUGCUGGACAACCAGGGGGCGCUGCCCCCCGAGCUGCUCUCACCCUCCCCACCCUCCACCUCCUCGCCCUCGGAGGAGCCAAGCACAUCCUCAGAGUCCACAGGCACAGCCAGUCUGGACGCAGACCUGGUGAACGAGGUUCUGGAGGACAUUCCUCAGCAUGAGGAAGACUAUCUAGACCUGACGCUAGAUGAAGAGAGUGAAAUCAUCGCCAAGAUGAGGUCAUAUCUGGAGGGAAAGGAAACGUCCUGCUAAGAGAGGUUCAUCCAUUUUCAAACGCACUUAUUGGCUCAUUUAUGGGCUAAGAAUUUCUGGAGACUGUACAGUAUAAGCCCUUAAAUAUGUUUCCUUGAAGGAAUUGAGCUUUGAUGGCCUCUAUGUUAUUGAUUAAGGGCUUUACGAGUGGGACUUUGUUUUGUUGAACAGUUUUUGCCAUUAUUAAUGAAAAGAAAAUGCAAUUUUAAUUAAUUGCACUAUAUGAAGACACAGUUGUCUUGAAAGUUUACAUUUAAUUGGCAAUAUUUUGUUACAGUUCAUACUGUAUGUUGUUGUUGCAUCUUUCAAACAUAAUUCAAAGUUAAAAUUAAAUUUCCAUUUAAAAGACUUUGGAUUUGAUUGGUAAAAUUAGUUAUGUUACUUUUGUUUUACAUUUUUUUCAUGUGUUUAAGUAAUUGUUGUUAAUUCCUAAUGCCAGAAUUUCAAGUUGGUUUCUGUUCAUGUAGUAAUUGUGUUGAAUAUUACAUGCAAUAAAUCCUUGUUUUGGUUUAUCA